CUUGGCGAGUUACCCAAAAAACUUCUCUCUUCCUCAGUGCUUUGCACUCUUCUCUCACAACAGUUUUUGCCUUUCAAUACAUCUGGACCAACAUAGAAGAGAAUUAACAGCUUUUUGCUUUAACCUCCACCACUGGGAAAUUCAGGGAAUCAAAUUCUCUCUUAAAUCUAGGUAGUUACUGAGUACCGUUUUAGACGACUGGUUUCCUGAACACACCCUCUGGCACCGAGUCUGCAUUCAACUUGAUUCUGUCCUUCAACUCAGACCAACAACAUCUACUGACUUUAGGAUGCCUCUGGGUGGAGGAAAUAAAUGUGGCCGCUGUUCAAAGACAGUUUACUUUGCAGAGGAAGUCCUGUGCGAUGGGCGGAGCUUCCACAAGUCCUGCUUCCUGUGCAUGGUGUGUGGGAAGAACUUGGACAGCACAACUGUAGCCGUCCAUAUGGAUGAAGUCUACUGCAAGGCAUGCUAUGGCAAGAAAUAUGGACCAAAAGGCUAUGGGUAUGGUCAGGGUGCCGGGACCCUCAGCAUGGACAAAGGAGAAUCAUUGGGUAUUAAACAGGAAAUGCCUGCCCCUCAUCGCCCGACCACCAAUCCAAACCCCUCAAAGAUAGCACAGAAGUUUGGAGGGUCGGACAGAUGCCCCCGGUGUGGCAAGGCUGUCUAUGCUGCUGAGAAAGUGAUUGGAGCAGGAAAUUCUUGGCAUAAGAUUGGAUGUUUCACCUGUGCCACAUGUGGGAAAAGUCUUGAGUCGACCACACUAGCUGAUAAGGAAGGAGAAAUCUACUGUAAAGCCUGUUACGGCAAAAACUUUGGUCCCAAGGGAUUCGGGUAUGGACUAGGAGCCGGAGCGUUGGCGCACACCCAGUGAAGUCCAGUGUGGCAUGUCUGAUUCACGCUAAACUACUUUCCAUGCAGACGGCAGCUGCUACAACUAAUGUGGAGGAAGCAUCCUUCAUCCAGCACUGCAUUAGAACAUUUCUAGAGAUCACCACACAAACACAAAGAUUGAAAAUGCUUUUUCCUCUUACGGUAAUCCACCACUUUCUGAAAAUCUAGCAGAGUAUGAUCAAAAAAUAGAUCCAUUUAAUCACACUAUGUCUAUUUAAUCAAUCUCUUUAACUGUACACUGACUUGUGCUAAUGCUUUAACUUCAUAUUUAGCAGUUGAAACAGACUUGGAUGAUUACUUUUCAGAAAUAGUUCAGUGAUAAAUCAAAUAAAGACUCAGUGUCCUCUUUCUUCAAAUACAAUUAUAUGCUAUAAAAAAACAAAAGGCAUGUGUUUUUGCACAAGGUCAUUGAAAGAGAACUACAGAAGCCAGGUUGUUUACGUGAAUGUAUAUUUAAAAGAGAUGCCACUUUACAUUUUAUUCAUUUUUCUCAUAACUCAGUGGCACACCUCAUGCUGCUCACAUGAUAAAGCUUCUAUAUUGUAAAAAUUGGAGAAUGGCUCAACAUGUCUAUUGUCAGACUGCAAAAUAUGUAAAAAAAAAAAAAAAGUCCUUUCCCUCUUGUAAGAUGUUUGUAUUGGAUAUUUUUAAAACCUUCAUGUAUUUUUUUACAGUAUUAUUUGCAGUAUUACUCAGUGUGCUUGAUUAUAAGGUGCAACUCAUAAAAAAAA